CUUCUGGGAGGUGUUGUGCAGAGGAGUGGUUCUGCGUUCCCCGCGCCUGGCCCGGGCUUUCCUGCUAGUCGCCUUCACUCAGCCUCCGAAAAACUGCGCUGGAUGUGCAUUCGGGCGUUUCCGGCAGGUGACGCUGCCGCAUCCCUGGAGCGGCGCGUGGAGGAGAGCUGGGAUGCGCCGUUGCACGCUCCUGGCGGGCGGAGCCUCUAAAGAGGCCCGGAGUGUUCAGACUUGGUGUUCUCAGGACUCAGCCCUUUUUGAGGAAGAAGAGGAUAUGACCAAGUCUCUAGAAACAGUGACAUUUAAGGAUGUGGCUGUGGACCUCACCCAGGAGGAAUGGCAGCAAAUGAAACCUGCUCAGAGAAACUUAUACCGGGAUGUGAUGCUGGAGAACUAUAGCAACCUGGUCACAGUGGGCUAUCAAGUCACCAAACCAGAUGUGAUCUUCAAGUUGGAGCAGGAAGAGGAGCCAUGGGUGAUAGAGGAAGAAAUGUUUGGGAGACACUGUCCAGAAGUUUGGGAAGUUGCUGAACUGAUCAAGAAGCAACAGGGAACACUUUUGAGGAAGGUCACAUCCACUUCCAAGGAAACUCUGAUUAAGGAAAAUGUCAUUGAAUGUAAAAAAGUCACAAAAAUAUUUCCUCUGAGCUCGGACAUUGUUACUUCAAGACAAAGCUUCUGUGAAUGUGACUCCCUUGAUAAGGGUUUGGAAUAUAAUUUAGAAUUACUUAGUUAUGAGAAAGGCUGUGUAAGAGAGAAAAAUUGUGAAUGUAAUAAGUAUGAGAAACCAUUUUACCAUUGCUCAUCCAAUGUUGUAACCUCCUUUAAGUGUAGUCAGUGUGGACAAGACUUCAGUCAUAAACUUGACCUCAUCAGACAUGAGCAAAUACAUGCUGGAGAGAAACCCUAUAAAUGUAAGGAAUGUGGGAAAGCCUUCAGCAGGAAGGAAAAUCUUAUUACACAUCAAAAAAUUCAUACUGGGGAAAAACCAUAUAAGUGUAAUGAAUGUGGAAAAGCUUUCAUUCAGAUGUCAAACCUUAUUAGACACCAGAGAAUUCAUACAGGGGAGAAACCUUAUGCAUGUAAGGAUUGUUGGAAAGCCUUUAGUCAGAAAUCAAAUCUCAUUGAACAUGGGAGAAUUCAUACUGGAGAAAAACCCUAUGAAUGUAAGGAAUGUGGAAAAUCCUUCAGCCAGAAACAAAAUCUUAUUGAGCAUGAGAAAAUUCAUACUGGGGAGAAACCUUAUGCAUGUAAUGAAUGUGGUAGAGCUUUUUCUCGAAUGUCAUCAGUUACUUUACACAUGAGAAGUCACACAGGGGAAAAGCCCUAUAAAUGUAAUAAAUGUGGAAAAGCCUUCUCUCAAUGCUCAGUAUUUAUUAUACAUAUGAGAAGUCAUACAGGAGAGAAACCCUAUGUAUGUAGUGAAUGUGGGAAAGAAUUCUCUCAAAGUUCUUCCCUUACUGUACAUAUGAGAAACCAUACAGCUGAGAAACCAUAUGAAUGUAAUGAAUGUGGAAAAGCCUUUAGCCGGAAAGAAAAUCUCAUUACACAUCAGAAAAUUCAUACUGGAGAGAAACCAUAUGAAUGUAAUGAAUGUGGGAAAGCUUUUAUUCAGAUGUCUAACCUCAUUCGACACCAGAGAAUCCAUACUGGUGAGAAACCGUAUGUAUGUACAGUAUGUGGGAAAGCUUUUAGUCAGAAAUCGAAUCUCACUGAACAUGAGAAAAUCCAUACUGGAGAGAAACCCUAUCAUUGUAAUCAAUGUGGAAAAGCUUUCAGUCAGAGACAAAAUCUUCUUGAGCAUGAAAAGAUUCAUACUGGAGAAAAACCAUUUAAAUGUAACGAGUGUGAUAAAGCCUUCUCUCGAAUUUCAUCCCUUACUCUUCAUGUGAGAAGUCAUACAGGGGAGAAACCCUAUGAAUGUAAUAAAUGUGGAAAAGCUUUCUCUCAAUGCUCAUUACUUAUUAUACAUAUGAGAAGUCAUACUGGUGAGAAACCUUUUGAAUGUAACGAAUGUGGAAAAGCAUUCUCUCAAAGAGCAUCCCUUUCUAUACAUAAGAGAGGUCAUACAGGUGAGAAACCAUGUAACUGCAAGGAAUGUAAAGAAGCUUCGAGGUGCCAGUCACACCAUAUUCAACAUGAAAGAAGUCAUAAUAAAGAAAAAGACUCUAAAUGUGGAGAAUGUGGGAAAGUCUUUAAUAGUAGGUCAGACUUGAUUAAGCAUCAGCGAACUCAUGAAAGCAAGAAAAGAAAUGAAAGUAAGAAAUGUGCCUUUACUUGUGACUCUGAAACUAAUAAACCUCAGAGCAUUAAUACCAGUGAGAAACCUCAUAAAUGUAAGGAAUGUGGGAAAGGCUUUCAUUCUAGCUCACAACUCAGUAAACAUCAAAGAACUCAUAUUGGUGAGAAACCCUAUAAAUGUAAGGAGUGUGAGAAGGCCUUUCCAUCUACCUCACAACUCAGCUUGCAUCAGAGAAUUCAUACAGAUGAGAAAUACUAUGAAUGUAAAGAAUGUGGAAAAGCCUUCACCCGUCCCUCACACCUUUUUCGACAUCAGAGAAUCCAUACCGGUGAGAAACCCCAUAAAUGUAAGGAAUGUGGAAAAGCUUUCCGUUAUGACACCCAACUUAGUCUUCAUCAAAUCAUUCAUACUGGUGAGAGACGCUAUGAAUGUAAGGAAUGUGGGAAGGCCUAUAGUUGUGCCUCACAACUGAGUCUACAUCAAAGAGUUCAUACUGGUGAGAAACCUCAUAAAUGUACGGAAUGUGGGAAAGCUUUUAUCUCUGAUUCACAUCUUAUUCGGCAUCAGAGUGUUCACACUGGUGAGAAACCGUAUAAAUGUAAGGAAUGCGGGAAGGCCUUUCGUCGUGGCUCAGAACUUACUCGACAUCGGAGAGCUCACACUGGUGAGAAACCCUAUAAAUGUAGGGAUUGUGGAAUGGCCUUUACUUGUAGCACAGAACUUAUUCGACAUCAAAAAAUUCACACUGGCGAGAGACCCCAUAAAUGUAAGGAGUGUGAGAAAGCUUUUAUUCGAAGGUCAGAGCUUACUUAUCAUGAGAGAAGCCAUAGUGGUGAAAAACCCUAUGAGUGUAAAGAAUGUGGGAAGGCCUUUGGUCGAGGCUCAGAACUUAGUCGACACCAGAAAAUUCACACUGGUGAGAAACCCUAUGAAUGUAAGCAAUGUGGGAAGGCCUUUAUUCGUGGCUCACACCUUAGUCAACAUCAAAGAAUUCAUGCGGUACAGAGGAGUGCAUGAAGACAUGGGAAGGGCUCAGAAUUUAAUUGUCAUCUGAAAUUCAUACUAAUGAAAUAGAAACAAAAAGAACUGUGAUUAUAAGGAAUGUGGGAAAGCAUUUGAGGAUAACAAUAUUAGAGUUCAUAUUGUGGUUAUAAAGUUUAAGAGCCAGAAUUUAUUUGGAAUUUGUAACUGAUGAGAAAUCUUAUAAAUUGUUAAGUGGGAGGAUUUAUGUGUUUCAGAAUUCAUUUGACAUCAGAGUUCAGUUGGUGAAAAGUUAAAAACUCCGUGAGUGUAAUGAAAGUGGGUAGACUCAGGACAGCAGUGAAUGUGUUAGAGACAUUACUCUUUCAAACUUUUCUCAACAUCAGAGUCAUUAGCCCUUAAGGGAAAUCGGAGGAUUCAUAAUAGUAAUGUCAUAUGUUUCGGACACCAAUUUGCUUUAGCUAACAAAUUAUUCAUCUGAUAAUUCAUACUUGAGGAAGGCUACAUGAAAGUUAAAAUUACAGCGAAUUUUUCUGUCCUGCUUGAAUCUUGUUAAUAUUUGCAAGUUCAUUCUCUGAAAUUAACCUGAACUGAAUCAGAAUGGGAAAGGAUUUAACCAAUAUUUAGUCUUUAUUUGCCUUCACCACUAUAAACUCAUAGGACAAAUUACUUAACUAUGUCUAAUUUUUCUCAUUUAUAAAUUAGUAAUGUUAGCACCAUAUUUCUUAGUAGCAUUGUGAAGAUUAACUAAUCACACUAUCCCUUAGAACAGUGUGUGGCUUGUAUUGAAAGUGUGUUAGACAAGGGCUGCUUUUAUUAUUACUUUUCUUUAGUUUCAUAAUUGUGUAUUAUUAGAGAUUAUAUGAGAGGAAGGUCUUAUGGGUUCAGUCCUCCCAGCACCUUUCCCUUGUGCGCCCUUUACGUAAGAUCCCCAUAGGGCUUACUGAGGCCUGAAAACUACUCUCUUGAUUUUAAUUGGCCAACCUGGCCUUAGCCCAGGAACCCCAAAGCACUCCACCAUGAACCCUAAUAAAGGCAUGUACCCAAAGCCCUAGCGCUCUCUCUGCACGCUAUGUUUACCUCCCAUGGUGGCCCCUUGAGGUGUGCAAGGUACUUCCUCCAGAACCUGUGAGUAAUAAACUCUAUUUUAAUUUA